CGCAGUCUGGAAGCUGAAACUUUUUCCUCAAAAACAGCGGACAAGCUCAGACAAGAGCGCACACACACACGCGCUCACAGGGCGUGGUGCGGCAGAGAGUGUAAGAGCGUGCGAGUGUGAGCUGUGUCGUGAGUGUGUGUGAAAAUGGGUGAAGACGGAGUUAAGAUCGAGAGAAGGAGCGUUACUGACGGACAUGAGAGCCAAGAGCUGCACGUCCCGGACCCCUCAGACCCCUCACACGCUCACACACAGGCCCAGCCUGAGCCGGAUGGUGUGUGUGCCAUCACGGUUUUGACCCUGCUGGACCAGCUGGUGAAGAUGCUGGAUCGCGUCCAGGAGGACCAGGGCCGUCUUGAGCAGCGACAGGCGCAGGUGGAGGGCGCCGUCCUCGGGAUCCAAAACAACAUCACCAAACUCAGCAAAAAUCACAGCAUCACCGCAAACACCCUCAGCAAGCUGCUGGACAAGAGCCGCAAGGUCAGCGUGCACAUGAAGGAGGUCAGGGAUCGCAUGGAGAAACAGGCCGUCCAGGUGAAGAAGCUAGAGGCCAACCACGCACACCUGCUCCACAGAAACAACUUCAGAGUGCUCAUCUUCCAGGACGAGACUGAGAUUCCCUCCAGUGUGUUUGUGAAGGACCCGCCGCCGUUCCCCCGUGAUGCUGAGAAUGAAUCUGUGAAUCUUGACCCCAACCGCUCACAGGAGGAGCUCCAGACCAUCCAGCUUUCCUCUGACGAGGAGCUGGGACCAGAGGAGGAAGAGGAGGAUGAGGACGAAGAAUGUUUUGAAAUGAUAGAGCUGGCUGGAGAGCAUAUGGAAAAGUCUCGUGCCGAGAAGAUCAAGCGAUCCAGCCUGAAGAAAGUGGAUAGCCUGAAGAAGGCCUUCUCCCGGCAGAACUUCGAGAAGAAGAUGAACAAGAUUGUUUCUGCAGAGAAGCGUGAGAAGAUCAAGAAGAGCCUGACGCCCAGCCACCAGAAAAACCCUGGCGCCAAGAGUUCCUCCUUCAAGGUUUCCCCACUCUUUGGCAGGAAGAAGGUGAAGGAAGUUAAGGAAGAGCCUGAAGGGGACGAGCCUGUGGAGGCUGAGAGUUCUUCCAUCGCCGCAGCAACCAUUGAGCUCGACCCCAUAAACAGCCCUGACCAGAACCUGACCUUCACUCAGGUCCAUUCCCAGUUGGCUCCCGAUCAGCAGGAGCUGAAAGCCACUUUUGAAGCCAUGGAGAAGGAGGAGAUCAUGGAGAAGGAGGAGAUGUUCAUGGAACAAGAGGAAAUGGCUGAGGGGGUGAGUGAGGAGUACGCUCUGUCCGCCACACUGCCCCAGGAUGCCUCCCGUGGAGAGAUCUCCCACAAUGCUCUGCACGGAGAAGAGGAGGAGGAGUAUGAAGAUCAGGAGAAGGAGAGAUAUGUAGGUGUCGUUCAAUCUGGAGGGAGCGCUGUGGAGUCUUAAAUUUCUAACACACACUAACACACUCCUGUUCUCAGUUGAGCAAUACAAGCAUAAAUCAGAUUCAGCUCUGACUGUUUAAAGCGAUAGUUCAGUUCACAUUACCCCAGUUUCCCCCGCUGACCGAUCCCCCACCCCACCCCCACCAAUUGACCCCCUCUCUCUCUGACUCCCCCACUGACCCCCCCAAGUUUACUUCUUUAAUGUUAGAGCUCUGAGGCUAAUGUAGCUAACAAGUAAUCAGCCUUAAUCAAGCCUUGACUCUGAGUAAGGGGGUGUCAGAGGGGCUGGGGGUUCGACUGGGGGAAUUUUUGGCUGAACUAUCACUUUAAGAGCUGAAGGAUGAGCACACACCCAGCUCUGCCUGCACGCCCUGCGACUCUUCUCUACCCACAAUGCAUCUGUCCUGGAAUGUUCCAUGAAAGCAAGCUGGACUUCAUCCUGUUUCCUGUUUACAGAGUCUACAGCAUCACAGCGCCACCAUCAGGACACAACACAGAAAUGAGCGUUUGUGUCCUGUUAUAAUCUGCUGCAGUCCUUAAGCACGUUGUGUUUAAUUAGCAUCAAAUACUGUGAAUCUCUGAAGUUCUGAAAUGUUCAAAGUCAUGUUUAACAGCCAAUCAGACGCAGGGGAAUAAUAACAGAGUGUCCUGUCUAUAUGUAUGAGAAUCCUGUCGGACAGUAUUAAACUGAAUUAGAGAGUAACAGAGUGUAUUUGAGUACAACAGAGUGUAUUUUGGCUGUUUAAGAUGUUUCAGUGAUGUUGAUGUUGAGAGCAGGUAGUUCCUCAAAAAAAUUUGGCUGUGUAGAUUAAAGAGAGUCAGACAGACAGAGAGAGGUGUGGAAAAAACAAGUGGGUCUGGAUGCUGCAUGAAGUCAAGGUCUUGUCAAAUUUAAAGCCAAACUCAUUUUGGGGAACAAAAGGGUUUAAUUAAGAAAUGUAUCCACUAAUAAAUAUAAAACCAGAAAAUUAACAAACCUAUUAGAGCUAAAUCUGCUUGGGGAGAAACAUUAUGGAAAAGACAUACAUUCUCAUAUUACUAAUGAGAACAUAUUUAGUAUAUUUUUAUCUCUGCUCUGAGUGCAGGUGUGUGUGUGUGUGUAUGUGUGUUUCAGAUGUGAAAACCAAUAACUUUAACUCUGAUUCUAACACUUUUCUUCCUCACAGUUAGAAUAUUGGGGCUAUAUGAGUGUAAUCCAGCUGAUCACUGACGCAGCACUGUAUUAGAGAAGCUUUAAUGUUCACACUUAUAUUGUGAAAAAUUACUGAUGCCAAAGAAUCUGUUUGAGUUCAGAAUCUUCACCUUCAUUUAUUACUGAAGCACCUGUUUCUGUUUAUUCUCACAGUGAAAAACUAAUAAAAACUUUGAAACUCCUGA